AACUAGCGCAGUGUUUGUUUUCUUCUUCUGAGGAGCACCCAAACGCAUCAUCGGCGACUGCAGAAGAAAAGCAAAGAUGGAGGACAGCUCUUCAAAACAAAUGCCCGAAAACUUGGACGACCCUCCGAAUAGCCGUCUGUUCGUGGUCACCAGUCGGUCUGUAACUGAAGACGAGCUUCGGGAGAGUUUUUCGAAGUUUGGGGAGGUUCAGGGGGUCUGGCUGGUCAAAGACAAGCAGACAAAGGAGCCCAAAGGCGUCUCAUAUGUGAAGUUCGCUAAGUCGUCACAGGCCUGCUUAGCCAUGGAAGAAAUGCACGGAAAGGUGCUACAGGAAGGGACUAAACCGAUAAAGGUGUUUAUAGCACAGUCACGAGGAUCAGCCAGACACAGAGACGUUGAGGAUGAAGAGCUGACCAGGAUCUUCAUCAUGAUUCCCAAAACAUUCACAGAGGAGGAUCUAAAAAACACAUUCAGAGAGUACGGAGAUAUUGAAUAUUGCAUCCUCAUCAGAAACAAGGUCACAGGUGAAAGUAAAGGCCUUGGCUACGUGCGCUACUACAAACCCUCUCAAGCUGCCCUCGCCAUUGAGAACUGUGACAAAUCUUACAGGGCCAUCCUGGCUGAACCUCGCAGUAAAAAUAACUCCUCUGAAGAUUACUCUUCAGGAGGGGCGAGGGGGGGAGAUUACAGCUCCGGUGACUCCAUGAACCAGUACCCCAUCGCCACCCCUGAUCAGGGGAACUACUCCAUGAUGGACUACCGCCAAAGCGAGUUCACCCGCUCUCUGAUGAUGUCCACGCGGGCCGCGCUCACCCAGGAGCAGAUCUUUGCUCUGUUUGACCUCAUCCCAGGCAUGGAGUACUGUGAGCUUCACAGAGACUCGUAUGGCAUGAGCAAAGGUCACGCUCUGAUUCGCUACAAUAAUCUCGGAUCAGCAAUUUAUGCCAAGGAGAAGCUGAACGGCUUUGAGUAUCCACCUGGCAACCGACUACAAGUGGCUUUUUACGAAGAUGGAGAGAGCCCUGCAGGGCGGAUGGCCUCUCAGUUUGUUACAGCCCAGAUCCUCUCCUCAGUGUGGAACGGAGCCUCCAGCAGUAUGAUCAAACCCACUGGGUACUCGUCUGUCUCACAGAUGUCUCGCAUUCAGACGGACGUCACCCUGCCGCCUCUCAAGAAGCUCGCUCCAUCUGACAGUAAGGCCAAAGAGCGUCUAUUUGUUGUCUUCAACCCCUCCCCGCUGCCACUCGACGUGCUGGAGGACGUCUUCUGUCGCUUCGGUUCCCUGAUUGAGGUCCAUUUGGUUCCAGGAAGGAAGGUUGGAUACAUGAAAUAUGCUGACAAACAGUGUGCAGAUGAGGCCAUGGCCGUGCUCCACGGUCGGAUCGUCAACGGAGUGAAGAUGAAGGUGAUGCUGGCUGAUCCUCCUCGGGAGGAGUCUCACAAGCGGCCGCGGACCUACUAGACCAGAACUGGCAGGCGACUGUUGUCAUAACAAAACGACACCUGACCUGACAGACCAACAGACACCAACAUCAUCUCCUGACCUCUGACCCGACCCUUUGCCUGACUCGUAUUCAGUCAGUAAGCGUCUCUGUGUUUAAUGAUGUUUCUGUUUCAUUUACAUUUCAAACCAAGACUUUGUGGGGAAAACAGGCUAAAUUUGGAAAUUAGCUAGAUUAUGAUUCAGAAUAUUUGUUUUUGCUAAACUGUAAGCAGGAUCCUAUUGUCUAAGUUUAAAGAACUUGACCUGAACAGUCAGAUCAGAUAUGUAAAUCCAUACUGAGCUCAAUUGAAUGUGUUAUUUGGACUGAUUUUUUUCUUUUCGUUAAUAAAAAGUACAUCAAGGUCUGCAUUCAGCGUUUUUUCUUAAUAUUUUUUUAUUGGAUGCAAUUGUUACAAUUUCUGAUCAAUAACCCUUUUGUCACCAAGACAUUCAAACAUAGAUUGAAUGUCACAUACUUCAAACAUAGAUUGAAUGUCACAUACUUCAAACAUAGAUUGAAUGUCACAUACUUCCAUCUUGUUGUUUGCAACAAGAUGGAAGUAAACUCUAAUUUGGCUAAUAUUGGCAAGUUUUACUUAUCAGAGCGAUCCUAAUAUGUUUAAAAAAAUUUAAAAGGCAAAUUGUGCAUCCCUAAUAUAUAGAAUAAAAGUUGUGCAUAUAAUUUAGACUUUUACCCUCAAGACCAGUUGGGUCCCAUCGACUCCCAUAAGAGCACAUUUUCAGGUAUAAACUAAUAAAUUGUCGCCAAUGUCCAAUAUUUUGGGAGAUUAGUGAUUGGUGGAAACAUGAAAAACUGAUCUGACUCACUGCUGCAAAAGUCUAACAAUCAGCCACGGUCCCCCUUUGUUUUGCUGUUAGAGGGUUAACUGAUAGAGCCGCCCACCACUUUUGCCAACUUUGUGACUUUUCAGACAAAAAAAAAAAUCAGUACCGGCCAAAAUCUGAAAGAGGUUUUUUUAAAAAUCGGCGAUCAGAUGAAAAACUGCAAUCAACUCACAAAUUUUCCAUGAAUAAUAUUAUGUUAAAUCCAUUUAACUUGCUUCAAAGUUAACCAAUAAUAGAUUUUAGGUGUUACAGUGGUCAUAGGUGGUCUUGCUGUGGAUGUGGUUCAUAUAUUUUGUAUGUAAAACUCAAGUCUUUAAAAGUUCAGGAAGACACACCAUGACUAAAAGAGCCCAGAAAUAAAAGCUUUAUCUGUAAAGUCAGAGGAAGAACCAGGUUUUCCCAGCAUUCUCCCAUGUUUGGGUCAGUUAAAUCCAUCCUAAGGAGAUUCCUGCUUAUUGUGAUGCUUAGAUACACUUGUGUUCAAUGUGCAGGUUUUCAUUAUUGUUACAAUACCCAGCAGGUCAAGCCACACAGAUCAAAAUGUAGAUCUCAGUAAAUUAGAACAUAGCAACCUUUAAGUAUUAAACAUUUUUCAUUAAACCCUCAACUGUAUGAAAUUAAUUUGUUCUGAUGUGAUACUCUAAUCUUUGAAGGAAUCAAAUGUUUUCUAAUUAAGUGGAAAAUCACAGAAAUAAAGAUUUGAAAAGAUCAGUCUGUGUGUUCUUGAUCUGUCAGUUGUUGCUGAAAUAAAUGAACUUUUCAAAUCUCA